AUGAUGUCCGCCCGUGUCGCCCGCGCUGGCCUGCGUGCCACCCAGCAAUUCUCCGUCGCUCGCCCGGCCUUCAACGGUCUGCGCACCUAUGCCACCCCGGCCCAGGAUGUCCGCCCUCCCGUUUCCCUCUUCGGUGUUGACGGCACCUACGCCUCUGCUCUGUAUACCGCCUCUUCCAAGGCUGCCUCCCUCGAGCAGACCGCUAAGGCUAUUGCUGCCCUUGGUCAGGUCAUCAAGGCCGACAAGAAGCUCGUCACCAUCCUCAACGCUCCUACUCUGACCAACGCCGACAAGGCCCAGAUCGUCCAGGAGCUCCAGAAGGUUGCCGGUGCCGACAAGGCCGAUAUCCUCAAGAACUUCCUCCAGACCCUUGCCGAGAACAACCGUUUCGGUUCCCUCGAGGGUGUCUGCGAGAAGUUCGCAGUCCUCAUGUCUGCUGCUCGCGGCGAGAUUGAGCUGAGCAUCACCUCCGCCCAGGAGCUUGACACCAAGACCAUCAACCGUCUCGAGAAGGCUGUUGCCAAGUCCGAGUUCAGCCAGGGCAAGAAGCUCAAGAUUGUCACCAAGGUUAACCCCGACCUUGUUGGUGGACUUGUUGUCGAGAUUGGUGACCGCACCAUCGACCUUAGCGUCUCCUCCAAGAUCGCCAAGAUGAACAAGGCUCUUACCGAUGCUUUGUAA